UUCUACGCCACUUCCGCCUCCUUCCUCUUGUCCUUGGCAUCCUCGCUGUACAGGAUAAACACAUGGCUAAAAUGAGCAAAGAGACCAAACAGCGGCUGCAGCAGCUUUUCCAGUGCGGCCAGUUUGUCAUCCGAUGGGGCUUUAUCCCAACCGUGCUGUACCUCGGUUUCAAACGUGGAGCAGAUCCAGGAAUGCCUGAACCCACAGUCUUAAGUUUGCUAUGGGGCUGAGGAACAUCUCCACAUAGCCAAUCCUCUCCUUGUCAUGACCAUGUGACCCACCUCUGUGUUGGAAAUCUGGGAAAUGGACAUUAUUUUUCACUUUCUUCUCGACAAAUCAUACUGUCCAAUGUCCGAGAAGUAAUGAAUGAAUGUUAAUCUGUGGCCAUAUUGUGUGUGGCUGUAAAAGCAUGGAGAGUGUUGGCAACAGGGAUGGAAGAUAUUUGGAUUAUGUGAAAAUAUGUUGUCUGACCAGACCAGAUCAGUUGGUACUGGUUUAUGAAUGUGUGUCACCAAUGUUAAGAUAUACCAUUAGUUCCAUGUUUUUCCUCUUUUUAUUUUUAAUUUAAAAUUUCUGAAAAUAAAUCCUCAACAAAAUGUCA